AUGGCUGCCGAGGGAGAUAACUGUGAUAUAGACAGCAGAAAGCCGGAUGUGAAUGGCUGUGAAGAAGAUGUUUAUUUUAUGAGUUACAGUGACCUUGACAUUCAUGAGCUCAUGCUAAAGGACAAACCACGUACUCUUGCCUACAAGAAUUUCAUUGAGGAAAACAAAAAAUUGUUUAAAGACAAAGUUGUAGUCGAUGUAGGUGCUGGUACUGGAAUUUUGUCUCUGUUUGCGGCAGCUGCUGGGGCUAAAAGUGUUUACGCAGUUGAAGCGAGUGAUAUUGCUGCUGCUUGCAAUCUUGUUGUUCAACAAAAUUGCUUUGAAAACGUGAUCAAAGUCAUCCAUAAGAAAGUGGAGGAUGUGGUGCUGCCCCCUGGUGUCAAAGCUGACAUUUUGAUAUCGGAAUGGAUGGGGUUUUACUUGUUUCACGAGUCGAUGUUAGAUUCUAUAAUCCAUGCAAGAGAUUCCCUACUCAAGGCUGAUGGAUUCAUUUUGCCAUCAAAGGCUACUCUUUUUUUUGGCACCAACAUCUCAGAAUUGGGCGAAGGAAAGCGUUUAAUUCUGUCUACGUCUCCCUUCGCAGAAGAAACGCACUGGAAGCAAACGGUGUUCAAUUUACCUGCACCUCUGUUAAUCGACAAGGGCGAUGUCAUCAAAUGCCGCAUGGAGCUUGCACAGGACACGAAAAACAAGCGGCGAUAUAACAUAUCCAUAGAACUGUUGGAGGUGCCCGAGCUGCCGGAAAUGUCUGGUGGGGACACGAAUGGCGCAGAAGAUGUGGAGCUUGAUAUUGGCGAUGAUUCUGAUGACUCUGAGGAUCACCCUACGCCGUGCAAUUGUGAUGCGCCCAGGUGCAAAAUCAUCAAGGCGCUGGUUGCGAAAUACGAUGAGCAGGAUGAGAUGAUGAAGCAGGAAGGUGUGGUUGACAUAACACGAGAGGAACUUGAUGAAGCCGUGGACAUCAGCGAUAACCUUGACAUUUGA